AUGACUGCAGCGAUCACGCGCCGGGCCGCGCACCGCUUCCAGGUCACGCCACUCGUCAAGCACAGUUCCCUUCGGCUGAGCUCGUCGGCUUGCGGAGAGCAGAAUGUUGAGCUCGUUGGCGCUGGAGGUGUGGAUGGGUCACAGGAGGUGGAUGAUGAUGUGGUCAUCAAGCACACCUUUCAACAAGCUUUGGAAGCCAGCGCGCAGAAGUCAAGGUCGUUGAUAAAAGAGAAUUGGCUUGCGAAAUUGGAAACGACAUUGUCGCAGACCGAUCAGUUGGAAAAUGCCGCUCUCAAGACCGAGCUCAAGGGCAUGAUGUUGCAAAAUCUGAGGAUCCCUCGCUGCAAGUCGCUUUACCGCUUCAAAAGGCUCUCGGAUCGCAUCGCUGCUAUGGAUGCUUCUGCUAUCCUGGACGAAUCCGCCCAGAAGUCGGCUAAAGGCCCCAAACUCCGCUUCGGGAUGUCACUUACUACGCCCAAACACUGA